ACAGCGGAGGUGGUGUAACUUAACAAAAUAAAAGCAAAACGAGCACUCCCGCAUUGGAGCUGCUUUUAUUUUGAAAGUCCAAGCGCGUGAGUGCGUACGUUGUGCUUACGUUCGAAUUGACGCAGCCGUUAGUCGAUUCGUCAGUUGGUGGGAAGAAGAAAAAAAAUCACCGAUAAUCGACAAAAAACUGCGUUUAUCAGCUUAAAUACUUUUGUACACGUCGAGUAGGUUUGGAUUUACGUUUUUUUAAACUGUCGGUAAAAUGGGAAACUGCCACACCGUUGGACCAAACGAGGCCCUUGUGGUUUCAGGUGGCUGCUGUGGCUCAGAUCAGAAGACCUAUGUUGUAGGAGGCUGGGCUUGGGCCUGGUGGCUCAUCUCUGACAUCCAGAGGAUAACGCUUGAGAUUAUGACCCUGCAGCCCAAGUGUGAGGAUGUAGAGACAGCGGAGGGUGUAGCUAUUACUGUCACUGGGGUGGCUCAGGUGAAGGUGAUGACAGAGAACGAGCUGCUGGGCUACGCCUGCGAACAGUUCCUGGGCAAGUCAGUCGUGGAGAUCAAGAGUGUCAUCCUGCAGACGCUCGAGGGUCACCUGCGCGCCAUCCUUGGCACCCUCACCGUUGAACAGAUUUACCAAGACAGAGACAAAUUCGCCAGUCUGGUGCGAGAGGUCGCCUCACCGGAUGUCGGCCGCAUGGGCAUCGAGAUUCUCAGCUUCACCAUCAAGGAUGUAUAUGACAAAGUGGAGUAUCUGAGCUCGCUGGGCAAAACUCAGACAGCUGCAGUACAGAGGGAUGCAGACAUCGGAGUGGCAGAAGCAGAGAGAGACGCUGGCAUCAGGGAAGCUGAGUGCAAGAAAGAAAUGAUGGAUGUUAAGUUCUUAGCUGACACAAAAAUGGCCGACUCCAAACGAGAGCUGGAAAUGCAGAAAGCUUCCUUCAACCAGGAAGUGAACACAAAGAAAGCAGAGGCUCAGCUGGCGUACGAGCUGCAAGCGGCCAAAGAGCAGCAGAAGAUCCGUCUGGAGGAGAUCGAAAUUGAGGUCGUGCAGAGGAAGAAGCAAAUCAGUAUUGAGGAGAAGGAGAUCAUGCGUACCGACAAGGAGCUCAUCGCCACCGUGAAGAGGCCCGCCGAGGCCGAAGCCUACAAGAUGCAGCAGCUGGCUGAGGGACAGAAGACAAAGAAGGUGUUGACGGCGCAGGCAGAGGCCGAAAAGAUCCGCUUUAUCGGUGAGGCGGAGGCCGCCUCCAUCGAAGCGGUGGGAAAGGCAGAGGCUGAGAAGAUGAGGCUGAAAGCUGAAGCCUACCAACAGUACGGCGAUGCUGCCAAGACUGCUUUGGUCCUGGAGGCCCUGCCCAAGAUCGCCAGCAAGGUGGCUGCACCGCUGUCCAAGACCGAUGAGAUUGUCAUCCUGAGUGGCGAAGGCAGCCGUGUGACCGGAGAGGUGAACCGUCUAUUAGCUGAACUCCCAGUGUCCGUCAACGCCCUCACCGGAGUGGAUCUGUCUAAGAUCCCUCUGCUCCAGAAGAUGAUCACCCCACAGUGCCAAACAGCCAUAUGAUGAAUCAGGCCACAGACUCGAAUCCUUCAACAUAUAUCUGCCUCAAGCAUGACAAUAUUUUUUUUCAGCCUCUCUUACCCCUUAUGCAAACUGCCUUCGACCAGAACACUUGACACAAACCAAGAUUUUAGUUUUUUUUUGUAUAUUUAAAGAGGUUUUUAAUUUUCUAAAUGAAAACAACCUGGGGCCUUAACAUCUAAAGGACCAGACUCUAUGUAUCUUCUGUUGUUAUUAGUUUUUGUUUUAGACAUACUGAUUCUUAUCACACUGCACUAAUUAGCCAGGAGUUUAUGCUGCACUUCAGUUCAGUCCAAAGCGGAGUAUUUUUCUGAGACAAAAGUCGAAAUGUGGUCGUGUCAAACAUCAUUUUGUAGAAGGAAAAUCACCACAGUGUUGAGUAACGUGCUGCAGACUCACAUGAGGUUUCCUUUCAGGCAUCAAUGGGCCACAGCGGCGGCUUGUGACCUGCAGUGAUAGUUUAGGCGUCUGUUCUGUUUUUUGAUGCACACCGCGAGCGAAUCUGGCACAAAAAUCUGAUUAAUAAUUUAAUCCAAUGCUUGCCCACUCUUUUAAUUCUCCUGCCCCUCUGAGCACAGUGUGGCAGCUUUUAUUUCCUUCUUAUGCUUUUUGAAGUUUCUUUUUAGUUCAUCUCCAACUCAGAGAUCGAUUUUACCAAAUCGCUGUUACACUAGAAGGCUCAGCAGAUCUUCACUCACUGUGAUUGUAAAAUUUAGAGUAUAUUUCGGUGAUAUUUGAAUCAUCCGUAACUCUUACCUCGCGGUAUGUUGUUGUCACGUCGCCUGUCUUCUCGGUUCUAAUGUGCAGUGCCUGUUCACCACUCAAGUGCCCAAACCUUUAGGACAGCGGUUUGGCUUUUUAGGAGGAUCUAUGUCAGAGUAUAUCACUGUGUUAAUCAAUGGAUGAUGUUUAAAUGUUGUUCUCUGUUCUCAUAAUAUCUGCGUAUACUAACAAUAGUGUUUACUCUUCACUUUUGUCACGUGUUCAGGCACAUAUAGGCAGAUAUAAACGCUAAGCAAGUGCAUAACACAAAGCCAUACUUAGAAAAGAUUAGCCUUAAAAGAAACUCUGGACGCCUGCCAGGCUCACUGAACAUUUCUUUAUUACUCAUGUCGUACGUGCUUCUGCCUCUCUUUCCUCCUCGCUGAGAUGUGCUGUUAAUCCUCCUCAGAUGUGAUUGUCACUUUUGCAGACCGUGUACAUAUUUUGUAUCUUUUUUUUUAAAGAGACCUCGCCGGGUUGAAUGCUGCCACCGCGUUGCAUAUCUGACCGCACCCAGUCUGUGAUGACAAAGCAGGAAUUUAAUGUUACCCUCAGUCGGUCCGUGACUCGUGAAGUUGGAAGAUAAGCAUGUGACGAGGUCGUAAACGCUGUACGUGGUUGAUCGUGUUCUUUUGGUUGAGUGAAUGUCAAAGUCGAGUGGUUGGACCAGUUUUUGUUUUUUUUAAGUUUACUUGUAAUUACUACAUGUAGUCUCGUACAAUCAUUUAAUCUUUAAAGCCAGAUGAUGGCCAAUGUCCAAAGUGAUGUUUCAGUGUUACAUCAUCACUUGUGGCGUGAGGAUUCAGUGUGCAACGAGGUGGAGACAGCAGGAUAACAUAACCCGUACCGAGUUACUCUUCCAUCAAAAUAAGCUUUCUGUUAUUAAUCUAAGCUUCAUCUAUAUAACCACAUUAUAUAUUGGUUUAGCUGUCCUAUUUUAAUCAUCGUGAAUGAUCUUUAACCACUUUUCAGACAUCUGUGAUAUUUUUUUUAAAUGUUAAAAUGUUUCUGUCUGUGAAUAAACACGAGGCAGAUUUCAUCUUUUUAUUUUUUAUUUUUUUCCACAUAAAUGUUACAAUUACCUCCAAGUUCUGACAGAGCCACGGAUGUCAUUUUUAAAAUCAGCUGCACAAACAGAUGAUUGACAGUUUUUCGUCCUCGCUCAGACAUCAACAUCGAGAUGAUUAAAAACACAGCAGCAGGUCCGGAGACACAAAACUAACCCACACAGUUUAGUUUUAAGUGACUACUUUACAUAUCCAACCCAGAUUACCAGCGUAUCAUCAAGUUUCUUUUUCAGACCGUGCAGGUAAAAGUUUUCAAAUCAAAUAGUUAAACGGUCCUGUCGUCACCUAGAAAGGUUUCUGUACACAGUGCCUUUGUUUAACAAUGAAGAGAUAUACUUUAACGUGCAGUCAGAUACUUGGUCGUAAAGACGGGAUAUUAGACAAAGACUAACUUGUAGAAUAUGUGUAUGUUAUACAUAUAAAUUGUGUUCAGUAAAGUAAGUUUCUACUCCUGUUUUAUGUACUUUAUGACAUGUACAAGGGAACACAGAUUAUAUCUAGUUAGAUGAUAAAUCGAUGUAGCGUUUUACAGCUUUUCCUCUGAAAUCUGGAUCUCUUAAAUUCACAGUUUUGGCCAUUUUAUUGGCGUUUUAGAGGAGAAUGUGAUUUAAAGACCAAACACCUUUAGACCUAUGCCUUAACUCUUCAUCUGAACUAUGUGUCAUCUGUUGUCUAUCAUAGGAAAUAAAUCUAUAAUCUCUAUUCAAAGUAAUGUCGUGGAUUUAUCUUGUGGCUUCUCAUGUAACACUGAACCAUUGAGAAACUGAUCCAGCAUGGCGUUUUAAGCAUGUGUUCAUGUUAUUCUGUCGUGUCCCAUCCUAUAAUAAAUGUUAAACCACUUCCA